GCUCCACGUGCUCGAUUAGCAUCUCCGAAGAAAAUCGCUGUUCAAACAAAUCACAAGCUUAGACGGGAUAGUUUUAUCGCUGCGGUACCCUAACCUAAUCGAAAGGGACACAGAAUCAUGCGUUCGUGAAAACGUGAAGCUUCUCUCUCGAGCUGUGAUUCCCGUUGUCUCCCGCAAGGAGGAAGAUGCCGCCGCAAGAGAAGUUCGAGAACUCGAUGCAUCUGAACGAUGAUCGUGAGAGUAACGCGGCUGAUUGUCAGAAUACGGCGAAUCUUCAAGUAUCGGAUGGUGAUACAGGUGUCAAGGAUGAAACGGGAGACGUGGAUUUCGACGAGUUGUUGCCCUACGUGGGAGAGUUCGGUCUCUAUCAGAAGAUCCUCUUCGUUCUGAUGAUCCCGUUCGCUUCGUUCGUCGCUUGGGUGUACUUCUCGCAGAUCUUCAUCACGCUGAUACCGGAUGAACACUGGUGCUUGGUACCGGAACUGGAGAACCUCACUGUCGACCAGAGGCUCUCGUUGGCGAUACCCGUCAACCGCGAAGGUUACUCGAGAUGCAGCAUGUACGAUGUAAAUUACACGGAGAUCCUGUUAAAUGGAAGCCACGUGCCGGACCCGUCCUGGCCUACGAAAGCUUGCCAGCACGGCUGGGAAUUCAAUUACACCAGUGUCCCUUAUGCAACUGUGGCUACCGAGCUGGAAUGGGUUUGCCAGCACGGCGCUCUGCCGACCGUAGCUCAAAGUGUCUUCUUCGUGGGCGCCAUUUUUGGAGGAUUGAUCUUCGGAUGGAUCGCCGAUCAAUACGGCAGGAUACCAGCGUUGAUCGGAGCCAAUUGCAUGGGGUUCCUCGCUGGGGUGGCCACUGCCUUCACGAGCACCUUCUGGCAGUUCACUUUGUGCCGGUUCUUCGUUGGAUUCGCCUUCGAUAAUUGCUUCACUAUGAUGUACAUACUAGUGUUAGAGUACGUGGGACCAAAAUGGCGGACGUUCGUGGCGAACAUGUCGAUAGCGAUGUUUUUCACGUUCGCCGCUUGCGUUCUUCCCUGGAUCGCCUAUUUUCUGGCCGACUGGAGGAUGACUUGCAUCGUCACGUCGGUUCCAUUGGUCUUGGCAGUAGCCACGCCGUGGUUGAUACCAGAGAGUGCUCGAUGGCUGGUCAGCCAAGGCAAAGUAGACAAGGCCAUCGAGAUCCUGGGCAAAUUCGAGCGAAUAAACGGCACCAAGGUGCCUGACGACGUUUACAAACGGUUCAGAGAAACCUGCGCGAAGAUAUGCAAAGAAGAGGAGGCAGACAAAACGUACUCUGUGUUGGAUCUAUUUCGAACUCCACGACUGCGUAAAAUCACCGUCUUGUUUAUUGUCACGUGGAUGGCGAUUUCGUUGGUGUUCGAUGGUCACGUGCGAAACGUUGAUAAUCUGGGCCUGGAUGUGUUCGUGACUUUCACGAUUGCUGCAGCAACAGAACUGCCUGCCGACACGUUCCUCACGGCCGUUCUUGAUCGAUGGGGCAGAAGAUGGCUGGCGUGCGGUUCCCUGGUCGUUUCCGGAAUCUUCAGUAUCUGGGCUUCUGUGGUUUCCAACAAUAUCUAUGCAGCCACUUUGGCCAUCCUCGGUCGAUUUUGGAUAAACAUUUCGUACAACAUCGGGCUUCAAUACGCGGCCGAAGUGUUGCCGACCGUCGUCAGAGCACAGGGUGUAGCUUUGAUACACAUAAUGGGAUACGUCGCGAGCAUCCUUUCACCUUUCGUCGUAUAUCUCGACGUCGUAUCGUCGAUUCUGCCUCUUCUAGUCCUGGGUAUCCUUGGAAUCAUGAGCGGUCUUCUCACUCUAUUCCUCCCGGAAACCCUGGACAAGGAUCUCCCGCAGACGUUGCAGGACGGGGAGAACUUUGGAAGGGAUCAGAAAAUGUGGGAUGCUCCGUGUAUCGGAAGGAAAUGCGACGACGAAGAGAUGCCACCUGUCGCAAUGUUUAGAUCAUUCUCCCGCUGCAGUGCGAGAAACUCAAUGAGGGCGUCUCUGCGUGGUGAACCUUUGAGAAGCAGUAUGCUGCGAAGAUCAAGCGUGAAAUCGAGAAAAAGUAGUAACGCGACUACAGAAGUGGAGAGAUUGUAGCGAAUUGUAUUCGUCUUGAAGUGUCUGUCAGCUUGAUCUCGAUCGAUUUAAGUCUUCCAAAAACCGGGUGGCAUACCUGUCCCGACUGAGUGUUAUCGUGUCGAAUAAUCUCCGAAGGCUAACGUUUCUUACUAUUACUCAUUGCCAUUACUAUAAAUACGUAAAUAGAUCUUCCGUUUAAUCGAAAAUGUCGAGUAUUAUCAACGACGUUCAUUUUUCAUGAAUAACAAUUUCCAUUUGAUAAUAUCCUCUCUAACCUGUUAACCGUGUUCAACUUUCCAGCAAAAAUUCAAUAUCUAGUUUAUGAUUAAAAAUCAGUAAAAAUUGUAACCAAGUGUACGACAAAAUUUCUCGAUAAAAAUCAAUUAUCGUGUUCUAAACAUUUUUAUAA